CUCUAAGAAUUGACCAAUUGCAUUUCAUUAGAAAUAAAUGUAUUUUCUACCUGCACAGAGACAAACCGCCCUCGACAGAAUGCACACAGCCGCUGGCACAUCGGUGAGUAGCAUCUCCACAUGGUCAUGAUAAAAAAGCUUUGAUCAGCUCAAGGGCGGAUGCUAAUGAUUACCAAAAUGUAUAUAGGCCUCUCAGAGAGUCUGACUGUAGUGGUGGACAUGUUUAACGUGGUCUCCUCUAAUCUGUGUUUAGUUGAAAGGCCCCUCAGUAGGUUGACUCUACACAUGAUCAGUACAUCCACUGGGGACCAAUGAUCCAUGUUCAUUCAUGAUUAUUUGGGAAAAAAUACAUUUAUGCAAAUGUUGUGCGUAGAUGCACUUAAAUGCUUUUUUGGUGUGUAUGUGUGUGUUGUUUCUCUGCGUGUGCGUCAUCUUUCAUAUUGGUUUGUCAUGUUAGUGUGAGUGGGAGGGAUUCCAGGAUUGUAGGAGAAUUCCCAAGCAGAUUCAUCCCCCGGGCAGAUAAGAGGGUGCCUGGGGGGGGGGGGGGGUUUGUUCAUGAUGUGGAAUGGACAGUUUAAUUAAUAACCACCCUUCCACCAACAGUCCUCUCUCUCUCUCUCUCUCUCUCUCUCUCUCUCUCUCUCUCUCUCUCUCUCUCUCUCUCUCUCUCUCUCUCUCUCUCUCUCUCUCUCUCUCUCUCUCUCUCUCUCUCUCUCUCUCUCUCUCUCUCUCUCUCUCUCUCUCUCUCUCUCACAAUCUCCCUCUCAAUGUCUCUCCCUCUCUCUCUCUGACCCCAUGCUGGAUACACACUGUCCCACCGGAGCACCAGACCCUGGCUGAUGUAUUGUACAUUAGUGAACAUCGACGGUGCUUACAGCACACAGACCGGAUAUCAGGAACAGCCCAGGACUGUGUAGUGACCAGCCUCCAGUGCCAGCUCCACGAGUUAGACUUCUUGUGCAGCCGAGGCUCCAGCCUCCUGAUUCUCCAUCUGAGCCCCAUCACCGCGCUGGAUGAACGUGUGGGGGGGCCCAGAGAUCCAGGCCGUGGGACAGCUCCCCCACAGCGAUGGAUACGGACUGUCUGAGUCAACACAGUUCUACGAUAUCCUGGCGGAUCAGGGGAGCAGUCCCCUACUGCAGGACUCAGACCUCCUACCCUUCACCAGCUAUGCCAACAUGCAGUACCCCGCAGGGGCGCCGGGGGAGUCCCCUCCGGCCUACUACCCGGGCCAGCACCCCUACUACCCCCAGUACGGCGGAGAGGAGUGGUACUCCCCGGCGGGGAUGUACGAGCUGAGGAAGGGCCCCCUGGAGGUCACCUUCGACCCCCACAUGGACCAGUCGGCGGCGGCCAUGCCCGCCGUAUGCAAGAAGAGCCGGCACCCCUCCCACAUGGGCAGGGUCAAGGGUCAGGAGCUGUGCGUGGUGUGCGGGGACAAGGCCUCGGGCUACCACUACAACGCCCUCACCUGUGAGGGCUGCAAAGGCUUCUUCAGAAGAAGCAUCACAAAGAAUGCUGUUUACAAAUGUAAGAGUGGAGGAGACUGUGAGAUGGACAUGUACAUGCGGAGGAAAUGCCAGGAAUGUCGACUGAGGAAAUGCAAGGAGAUGGGCAUGCUGGCUGAGUGUCUGUUGACUGAGAUCCAGUGUAAAUCAAAGAGGCUGAGGAAGAACACCAAGGCCUCACCUUUGGGAGAGUGCGCUGGACAGCAGGCCCAUUUGGGGCCCGACCCCAGCGAGAACAAGCAGGUCACCUCCACCACCAUGCUGCACAAGAAAGUUGAACUCACCAGAGAACAGCACACACUCUUGAAUUUUCUAGUCGAUUCGUACAACAAACAUCGAAUUCCUCAGGAUAUGGCCAAGAAAUUGCUACAAGAGCAGUUCAACGCAGAGGAAAACUUUCUUCUCUUGACAGAGAUGGCCACAAGUCAUGUCCAGGUUCUAGUAGAGUUUACAAAGAACAUUCCAGGCUUCCUGGGUCUGGACCACGAGGACCAGAUAGCGCUGCUGAAGGGAUCGGCCGUGGAGGCCAUGUUCCUGCGCUCGGCCCAGGUCUUCACUAGGAAGAUGCCCAGCGGACACUCAGAGCUGCUGGAGGACAGAAUACGCAAGAGCGGUAUAUCGGACGAGUUCAUUACGCCGAUGUUUAACUUCUACAACAGCAUCGGUCAGCUGCACAUGCUCCAGGAAGAGCAGGCCCUCCUAACCGCCAUCACCAUCCUGACUCCAGAGAGGCCCUACGUCAAGGACCAGCAGGCUGUGGAGCGGCUCCAGGACCCCAUGCUGGACGUGCUGAGGAGGAUCUGCGCCCUCCACCACCCCCACCAGCCGCAGCACUUCGCCCGCCUGCUGGGCCGGCUGACAGAGCUGCGGACGCUCAACCACCACCACGCCGAGAUGCUGACGUCAUGGCGGACCAGCGACCACAAGUUUACGCCGCUGCUGUGUGAGAUCUGGGACGUACAGUGACAGAGGACGGUCAGGGGAGCAAUGUGUGGUUGAGGAAUAUGAUAGCAAUAUCACCAAACUUACAGUGGACGGUACCUCUCUCUGUUUCAACCAAUCUGUGGUUGGUUAUUCAGUGAUGGAAGCUCUCUCUCUCUCUCUCUCUCUCUCUCUCUCUCUCUCUCUCUCUCUCUCUCUCUCUCUCUCUCCCUGUCUCUCUCUCGCUCUCUCUCUCUCUCUCUCGCUCUCUCUCUCUCUCUCUCUCGCUCUCUCUCUCUCUCUCUCUCUCUCUCUCUCUCUCUCUCUCUCUCUCUCUCUCUCUCUCUCUCUCUCUCUCUCUCCACCAUUAAGAAGUGUUUCAUUCAUGAAGCUGUGGUGGAUCAAUGAUUCCUCUGGGUGAGCGCAUGGAUUUCGCUCACUCGCCAAUCAGGACAGAGCGGCCAACAUUUGGACAGUCUAUAUGAUGUACUGUAUGCGGAUGCGUGUUGAAAUAGGCUUGGCCUUCUUGUUUGCCUCUGAAGAUAUAUUAUGCAAAAAAAAGUUUAUCUCUAUUUCUGUCUUAUAACGCCUUGGUUUGGUUCAACCUUACUUUAAUGGCUUUAGAUUUGCCAUUAGCUAUAUUUUGAUCUGGCAUGUGAUAUGUAAAAACACAGAGAGUGGCUUUGUUUUAUUACCACUUAAAAAACGGUAUCAAAUGAGAACUGAAUAUGUUGUUCUGGGAGAUUAGUUUAAUUCACAGCUCUUAAACCAACUAAUACACACAUCCUCUUCUCCUCGUCCGUCACCUCCAUGUCUCCAUUCCACAAUAUGACAGAGAAGAACUUAGAUCAUUGGUUAUUGGAUUUAAUUAUUUUCCACAGUCUCACCUGUCAAGAUGUCAACUAUUAUAUAUUUUGCUUUUCACUUCAAGAACUAUUUAAUGUAACGUUUUUUUUUAUGUUUUUUACGUGAUUUAAUGCAUCAGAGUCGACAACAGGUAUUUUAUUCAAGGUAAACUAAAAUUUCAAAUACAAAAGAAAAGGCUUCAUAAUGUAGGCAAAUCUUUAUGUUACUGAAAUAAAUUCUAAAGGACACAGGAUGCUAUCAGUGACAUUGACUCAGAGACUUUUUGUUAAGUGUACGCUAAUAGGUUGGUAUUUUUUCACUAUCAAAAGCUGUACAAAUGUAAAAACAAACAAAAAUAACGUAACUAUUUUCAAGCCAAAAUCCAAUCGUCUUUAUCAUAGAAAACUAUACAUCAGGGAAAGAGAAUAUAACAAUUUGCCCUACAGCGACACCUUGUGGUUGGUGAGACAGCAUAGAAGUAAAAACAUUUACAGUAUAUCUCCAGUUUUAAUAGUAAGUGUAAGUACAUGUGGCAUAUCUUUUAAUUGUAUCUAUUUUGCAGACAAUCCUCCAUUCUACAAUAGACUCAGUUCUCCCGUCCAGUUCCCUUGUCAGAAGCGAGGGUGUGGGCCCGGUCUGGGACCCCCGCCGGGGUGUCGGGGUACACCAGGAAGCCAGAGAAGGUGGUGUACCGCCCCUGGUUACUGUAGACGGCGUAGCGAUCGUCCUGCUGGCUGUACAGCCACACACUGUCCCCCUGGCGCAGGGCCAGCAACAGGCUCUGGCUCUGCAUCUCCCUGCGCUUGGACGUGUCCUCGUCGAACACCAUGGCCUGCACCUCGCCCCGGCCCGUCAUCAGCUUGACCGACACAGCCCUGCGGGGGUGCUUCCCUACCGUGAACGCAAAAUAGUACGCCCCCGGGUAGCCGCAGGUGAAGACCCCUGACGUCUUGUUGAAGUGGCGCCCGAUGUUCACGUACUCCACGUCAAAGCUCAGGGGCUUCUUCUCCUCCUCUUCUCCGCCGCUGGAGCUCUGGCCCAGGGAGGUGGAGGUCCGGGCCACGGAGAAGGCGGACCUCGGCUCCGGCUCUGGGGCCUGGCCAUGGUGCAGGCUGGACCCCGGGUCGGCUCCCUGAGGGGGGCACUCUGGGUGGGACGGCCACGGCUGGCCCAGCUGGUUGUGGUUGUUGUAGUGGCUGGCCGCCGUCACGUCGGGGUAGACCAGGUAGCCGGAGAAGGUGAUGUACGGCCCCACAUUGCUGUAGAGCGCAUACUGCGUGCCCUGCUGCAGCAGCAGCCACACAGUGUCCAUGGCCUUCAGUGUGAUCAUCAGGCUCUGGCUCUGGACCUUUCUUCCUUUCUUGCGGUAGUCAUCGUACGCUAUGGCCUGCACCUCCUCCCCGUUCUUCACCAGUAUGACUGAUAGCAUCUUCUUGGGGAACUUUCCUACCGAGUAGGAGAAGUAGUAGGCGCCGGGCACCCUGCAGCGGAAGUGGCCUGUGUCGGGGUUGAAGUCGCCCCCCGUGUUGACCAGAAGCUUGUUGAAGGUCACCGCCUUCUGGCUGCCCCCGACCACACUGUUGCUCCUGGUGGCAGAGAAGGCCGACUGGAGACCGCUGGUCCCCGGGGGGACAUGGAGGGACAGGACUGACCCCAGGCAGAGGAGCAUGCUGAGGAGCCCGGCCAGGUACCAGGACGCAGCGCCUGGAAGGGCCAUAGAGAACUUGCUCGUUAGCCAUGGGGUUAUUAUGAAGAUUAAUAUGAAGAUGAUUACAUAUGCAUGGAACAAAAUAAACAGAGAUAUGAGGUUUAAUAAAAAAGUGCAUAACCAGGA